AUGUCGUUCCAAUCGCUUGUGCUCCUCGUGACCAUGCUCGCGGCCAAGGGCUCGCCGACGUCGGUCGAGUCUGGCAUCAGCCGCAAGACCUUCCAGAUCAACAUCGAGACUGACAUGGACAGCAAUUGGGGCAAUGACCCUGUCAGGGUGUUUUACCCGGGUCUAGGUAGUGUCAACACUGCCAGCAAAACCAAGCCCCUGGCUGUGACGUACACUGCCGGUGAUCAACUGGGUGUCCAGCUCGGCCGCUGGUAUUGGGCCUACGACGGUGGCUUGGCUCCGCGGCUUGCGGGCGUCUGCCCCCCGCAUACACAAAAUGCGAACAAGAAUCCCGACAACUCUGGGGCGGAAAUUUUCGUGAACAGCGACUGCACGCUCCAGCAGGCCAAGCUCCCCGUUUACGGCGUUGGCUUCCCCAGCUACAUCGCAGCGGACUUCGAGCUAGGGAUCAAGAACGGCGUCUGCACGCUGUCGGUCAAGAACGUCGCCGGCCUCACAGAUGGACUCGGGACAGCAGACGCCUGCGUUUACCCCUGUAACGACUUCAACGCUAAAUCUUGCACAGCCGCCCAACUGGACGAGACGGUCGGCUGCGGCAAGUUGGUGGCCAGUGACUACACCACGGCCAUGGGCCAACCGAUCACGGAUUUCAAACAAGUCGCGGCCAUCCGUAGCGGCUUGGUACAGAAGUGCGCUCCCGGUCCCAAAUUCGGCGCUGUCCCGCUUGCCACAGGCGGUGGCCUGCCUGUCGUGACUGUGGUCAACAACUGCCCGAACACAGACGUCGUUUACAGUAUUAACCAAGGCCCAGCCGCUAGCUGCAAUCCCUCCGAUUGCGGCUCCCUUGUUAAGGCCGACACAUCCAACGCCUUCUGGAUCGGCUUCAAACCUUUCAACAAGUUUACGAACAACAAUUACGGCGCCGCCACCAUCGCCGAGGUGACUCCUCACUCGGAUGGAACAGCGGACAUUGACAUCAGCCGCGUGGAAGGUUUCAACUACGGUGUGUCGAUGAAGGACAAGGGCGGAGACUGGAGUGUGGUGUGCAAUGAUGUCAAUUGCAAGGAUGCCUACUGGCUGUGCGACAGCUCAUAUGGGAACAAGCUCUUCCCCGCGACGGGAAAGUUUGCCAGCAAGGAAAUCGUCAUCACGUUUUGCCCCAAGAAGGAGGCCGACACGGACAAUUUUCAAAACGUCAAUCAGUGCGCAACAGUUGAGCGUGAGCAAGCCACCACAACGGGUCCUCCAUACAUUUGCCAAUUCAACGAGUGGUAUGACAUGACCAAUGGCGGGACAUGCGUCACUGGCACCCCCGAAGGGGGAAAAUGCAUGGGAGCUGCACCCAGCCCGAUCAACGCUUGCAAAUCAGACUCGCGGAGUUUUUUUCCGUAG